CACCACAAAAUACACAGGCUAUAUUGGAUGCCCAGCAACACAGCAUCUCCUAUACGCUAUCACGAAACCAAGCGGUGAUCGUGGAGUAUCAGUUAGAUACGGAGACAGAUAUGUUUCAGAUUGGUCGGUCAUCUGAAACACCCAUAGACUUUGUUGUUAUGGACACGAUACCUGGUGAUAAACAUGGGGAAUUGAAGGUGACGCAGAGUACAAUUAGCAGAUUUGCGUGUCGUAUAAUUGCUCACAGAACAACUCGCACCACUCAGGUUUAUGCUGCUGGCUUCGAUUCGUCGAGAAACAUAUUUCUGGGGGAAAAAGCGACUAAAUGGCAGAACAAUGGAGAAAUUGAUGGCCUGACAACAAAUGGAGUCCUCAUCAUGCAUCCGCCAAGUCAGUUCUGUGGAGGAGAAGCCAAACCGGGCAUCUGGAGGGAAGUGUCGGUCGGGGGAGGUGUUUAUGCAUUAAGAGAAUCACGGUCUGCCCCACAGAAAGGCAUUAAGAUUGAUGAGGAAACAAAUGUAUUACAAGAUGGCACGUUGAUAGACUUGUGUGGAGCUACGUUACUAUGGAGGUCGGCAGAGGGUUUAGGAAAAUCUCCCACGAAACGACAUCUAGAACAGAUGGUGGACGAGCUCAAUGCAGGUCGUCCACAGUGCCCUGUAGGACUCAAUACCUUAGUCAUACCCAGAAAGGCUACCCUCACAAGCACAGAAAAGCAGCCUGUAGUGUAUCUGAACUGUGGCCAUGUGCAGGGUUUACAUGAGUGGGGUCAUGAGAAGGACUCGAAUUCCCACACUUGCCCUAUGUGUCUUAAGGUUGGGCCAGUAGUCAAGUUAUGUAUGGGCAUCGAGCCUGCCUUUUAUGUUGACAGUGGCCCUCCGUCAUUCUGCUUUAAUCCUUGUGGACAUAUGGCCUCUGAAAAGACAGUUAGGUAUUGGGCUGCAGUACCUAUUCCUCAUGGGACCAAUGGGUUUCAUGCAGCUUGUCCAUUUUGUGCUUCACCUUUAGAAGGUGACCCAGGCUUUGUCCGACUCAUUUUUCAAGACAACUGCGACUGAAUUCCCUCCUGGCAUUACACACACACUAUAGAGUUAUCAUUGGACAACCUUUGGAAUCAUAUCAUCACAAUCCUACAGUUUGAUAUGCACGAUGUCCUCUUUUGUUGAUCAGGUUUUAACAGGUGAAACUCAAUUUGUCAAGACAUAUAUAUCGUUAGACUUGUUUUAUGCAACUAGAAUAUAUUGCUUGUUGAACUGUACAAUAGUAUGUAAAAGAAACAGUAGAGUGAAUCAUACCCACUGCUGGAAAGAGAGAAUGAGAGAGAGAGGGUUCUUGCAUGAUGUGUAAGUGGUUGACAAAACAAGAAAAACUGGCAUGUGAAAAGGUCUCUUGAAAACUGAGAUACAGUGACCGCUCGCCAGCGCACUACACACCAAGCAUCACCAAUGACGGCCUCACUUGCCAUCGCAUACCGGGUGUUGAUGUCAUCUUUUCAGUAAGUAUUAAUUCUGCCUACAGUGGAGACUCCUGUGCUGCCAAGCCUCAUCCUCAUGUGAAGGAAAGUUCAGUAGGAAACUUCUGUGAAAGACUGUGAGUUAAAUGUGGAAAAAAAAAACUUUGUUUGCAUGACAAAGAAGUGACAAUGGUAAAAGCAUUGGUUCUGAUGUGAUGACAUUUAUACAGUUUUAUAUAAUAAUCUCAAUCAUUGAUAUGCCCCCUUAUACUGCGCAGAUAUUGUAAAGAAAAGGAAGAUAUGUUAAAUAAUCUUGCAGGUGUACUGUAUAUGUUGGUUUAUAAGAUGGGUGCUUAAAAUUUCCAUUUUAAAUGUAGGUUUUAAACUAUAUUUAGUGUAUGAGACAAUUCAAGGUCUGGAACCUAGCACUGAGAUUUUACUUUUCCAUUAAGCAUUUGCCAUCCAUCCUGUUGAUCACUGUUUAGCAAGCUGUUAAUCAACACAGUCUUGGUUAUUUAGAAAAUGACUGGUUCAUUUCAAAUAAUGCCAAAAUACUGUUAGUUACCUAUCAUGAUAUGCAUCAAGCAUACCCAGCUGAUGCAGCAUAACCGCUAGUGAUGUCACAUUGAUGUUGGAACUAAUGUGUUACCAAGCAUAAUUUUACCUUUUAAUGAAAAUUAUUUAUAGAUAUUCUUACUGCUAAGUUUAUUAUGUUAUAUUAAGAAAGUGGCUGUAGAUUACAUUGCAGAUAUUUCCUUUAACUUACCUUCAAGUUUUGUUUGGGAUUGUCAAAUGGUAGGACCAAAGGAGUUAUGUUAGUAAUUUACUGUUGCUUUUGUUAUUGGUGACACUCAAAACAACAGGUAGUUAAGGUUCAGAUUUUGUACCUCAUGCAUGAGAUGAUCCCUGAUUUUGGGAUGAUUUUUUUAAGGUUCAACUUCCAUCGUAUAAACCAACAUAUACAAUAUAUGAUUGAUAUGUCAGUGAUGAAAUGGUCCAUAUUUACUCUGUUUGAAUUCUGUAUUGCACUUGAAAUCCUUGCCCACAUCCUUGUAAUAAUUGAAACCACUUUAGAAGUCAGAGCCAAAAAAGUAUAUACAAGGUAAAAUGUAUUUCCACUAAGAAAGUAAACUAUAUUUGCAGUAUUAAAGCAAAUAAAUGAAAAAGACUCUA